AUGGCUGGGAAGGAGGUGGUGGUUUCAGUGGAGGAGCAGCAGGAAGUAGCUACUAAACAGUCUGAAAAAUCUGCGGAUGGCAGUGAUCAUUCGAGAACCUUGGCUGACUUAAAAUCCAAAUUUCGCCGAUCUCCAUCAUCACCGUCAAGUCCAAAGCUACAAUGUCCCAAGGUUCCAAAGAAGUUGCGAUCAGCUGUCAAGGAGGAAGACUACUAUGCCCCAAAACUCAUUUCUUUGGGUCCUUACUACCAUGGCGAAUCCCACCUCGCGAAUGGAGAAACGCUCAAGCUUAAAUUGGCAGAAGCCUACAUCCUAGAAAUUACUGUGUCACAAGGGAACUCAGUCGAGCAGUCAGUCGAUAACAUUUACCACAUGAUCAGAGAUCGCAUUGAUGAGCUGAAAGGUUGUUAUGACUAUCAGGAGUCCAGAAAGAACUAUAAGGAAGACGAAUUCACUGCGAUGAUGCUGGUGGACGGGUGUGCUUUACUGUGGUACAUUUUAUGUGUUUGCUUAGGUGGUGACCAUGAAGAUUACGAUAUCAGAUAUCAGGAUCUAAGCCUUCUUCACCAGGAUGCGUUGCUGCUGGAGAACCAACUUCCCUAUCAAUUACUACAGGAGCUGAUGAAGAUGGCGGUCCCAGAAUCGGCCAAUAAAGCUUGGACAGUACUAUUCCAGGAAUUCUUUGGCAUGAUCGACGAGUCAUUCUUCCAAGAAUUCUUUGGUAUAAAGGAGAAGGAGUACUCAUUCCUGCCAAAAAUGAAGAAUUAUUGCUGCCGCAUGUUCCUGGCAAUCAUCCAAAUUAUUAACAGGAAACCAAAGCUGAAACCUGGUGAAGAGUCGGAGCCGAAACCUGAUGUAGAGUCGAAGAUGAAACCUGAUGUAGAUUCGAAGAUGAAACCUGAUGAAGAGUCGAAGCCGAAACCUGAUAAAGAGUCGAGGCUUUGUCAUCAUCUCCUCGAUCUCUACCGAAGAAAUUUCCUAGGCGAUGAACGUUCUAGCGCAACGCAUUCGGAGGCUGAAAAUGGCAAGAAGGGUCCGGGAUCAGUUGGAGAUGUGAAGGAGCAGGUUAUGGCAUCAUUUAGAAAUGUGAAGGAGCUUAUGGCCGCUGGAAUCCGCAUCAAGCGCAGUCCUACACGUCACUUGAGGGACAUUUCUUUCCGUUCAAAUGGGAUCACCGCAUGCCUGAGAAUUCCUCCCAUCACCAUUGAUAACUCAACCAAGGCUAUGUUCUUGAACUUGAUAGCCUAUGAAAUGAGCUCAGACGUCGACCAUGACUUCAUCUCUUACCUUCGCUUCCUUGAUUCCCUCAUUGAUCAUGCUGAUGACGUUAAGGAGCUGCAGUCCAUCGGGAUACUCCAAAACAAUCUAGGAACCCACGAAGAAGUGGCUCAAUUCUUCAACACGGUGUCCGCCAACUUGGAAUCCAACUUUCAUGCUUACAAAGAUGUGAGAGUGAGAAUUCGGAAGCACCUUAAAAAUCACUACAACAGCAAACUGAAAAUGUGGAUGACACAAUGCCUGGAUACCUACUUCGGUAGCCCCUGGACUAUCAUUGCUUGGGUUGGUGCUGCUUUGGCCCUUUUCUUUACUGCCGUCCAGACUUACUUCUCAGUCUUCCCUCAUUGA